AUGGCGCACGACGACGACCCCACGCGCGAUUCCGCGCCCGACCUCCAGAUUCUGGGAGACCAGAUCACCCUGCAGCCCCGAAGCUAUGUCGAGCCGCCGCGCGUCCAAGAUGGAGGCAAGGAGGAGGCGCUCAUGCAGCACAUGGCCAGGUUCCGCUCCGAGCCCUUGCAGUUCCUCCGUGAGGUGUCCCUCUACGUCUCCGGCACAGGAUGGCGCGCCUACGACAAGGUCAUCGGCCAGCCCAUCUUCUACUCCGGCUUCUCCGAGCAGAUGAGGAACGCAGUCGUCUCGGCACCCCUGCUGCAGACCCGGAUCUCCCAGCUGGCCGACAUGCGCCUCGCCGUCGAGGAGGAGGAGGGCUGGUUCAGGAAACACGACCCCAACUAUGCCAACAAGAAGGCCCAAAGGCGCUCCGUCAUCGAGCACGGCCUGCAAGAGGUCGCCGAGAAGCUGACCAACGACAUGAUAUGCAAGUUCGAGAGCAAGACCUUCAUCCGGGGCGCAUAUUACCUCUGUACACAGCUGUUGACGAGGGCCUAUCACCAGGGAAUCCACGUCUCCAGCGAGGAGGUCCUGCGCCUGCGCAAGGUUGCCGAGGAGGCCGCGGCCAAGAAGCAGAGCAUCAUCUUUCUUCCCAGCCACCGAUCCCACGUCGACUACGUUUCCAUGCAGCUCAUCUGCUACCGUCUGGGUCUGGCCUUGCCCGUCGUGGUCGCCGGCGAUAACCUCAACUUUCCCGUCGUGGGAAGCUUCUUGCAGCAUGCCGGAGCCAUGUGGAUCCGACGCUCUUUCGGCAAUGAUUCGUUAUACACCACACUUGUACAGGCUUACAUCGACACUUUGCUUCAGAGUGGCUACAAUUUCGAAUGCUUCAUCGAGGGCGGACGGUCGCGGACCGGCAAGCUGCUCUCGCCCAAGUUCGGCAUUCUCAGCUUCAUCAUGGACAGCGUCCUGUCCGGAAGGGUCGAGGACGCCAUCAUCUGCCCGGUCAGCACCCAGUACGACAAGGUCAUAGAGACCGAAGGCUACGUGACCGAGCUUCUGGGUGUGCCCAAGAAGAAGGAGAACCUCGCAGACUUCCUGAGCGGUGGAUCCUCUGUCCUCUCCCUGAAGCUGGGCCGGGUCGAUGUUCGUUUCCACGAGCCUUGGAGCUUGCGGCGCUAUAUCGACGAACAACUCACAAAACUCACCAAGGUGCCCGACGAUCUCACGGCCAGGACACCCGAAUCGGCCGCUGUGCGCCAGAAGCUAUUGCGCACCAUGGGCUACAAAGUCCUGGCAGACAUCAACGACGUGUCCGUCGUCAUGCCCACCGCGCUGAUCGGCACUGUGCUCCUCACGCUGCGUGGCCGCGGUGUAGGCAAGCCAGAGCUCUUGCGCCGUGUCGAGUGGCUCACGAAUCGUGUCAGAGCCAAGGGCGGCCGCGUCGCGCAUUUCGGAAAUGCCCCUCUAUCCGAAGUUGUCGAGAGGGGGCUCGACGUGCUCGGAAAGGACCUUGUCGGCGUCGUCCAAGGACUUCCCGAGCCUACAUACUACGCUGUAGAUCGCUUUCAGCUGUCCUUCUACAGAAAUAUGACCAUACACCUCUUCAUAUCGGAGGCCCUGGUAAGUGCAAGCAUAUACACGCGUGUCAAGCAGGGCGGCGGGCCGGCAAACCAAGAGAUACCAUACAACGAAUUGCGCGACCAGGUCCUAUUCCUCUCGUCCCUUUUCAGGGGCGAGUUCAUUUUCCCCAGUGAUGGCUUGGCUGUCAACUUGGAGAAAACAGUGGUUGGGCUUGAAAACGACCGGAUCCUCACUCUCAAGCGCGACGGCGAUGGUAAGAUCGUCGCCGUUGGUCUCUCAGACGAGGAGCGCAUGGCCGGAAGAGAAAACUACGACUUCUAUUGUUUCCUGAUCUGGCCAUUCAUUGAGGCCAGUUGGCUCGCCGCCAUUUCAUUAAUGGGCCUCGCGCCUCCGCUCGGUGUCGCCACGGACGAUGCCUGGAUUGGAGUCGCCAAGGCACAGAACAGCGCGCAACUGCUCGGCAAGACGCUAUACCACCAAGGGGAUCUGUCCUACUUCGAAGCCGUGAACAAGGAGACGCUGAAGAACUCUUAUCAGCGCUUCGAAGAGGAGGGCAUCAUCUACGCCGUCAAAUCCAAAGACGGCAAGACGCCGCCUAGGCUUCGACUAUCUUCCGAGUGGAUGCCCAGCCGUGACCCCAAGACAGGCGAUGUUCUCGCCGAGGGUCGGCUUUGGGACUUUGCUGGGCGAAUCGCUAGCAGCAGGAGAGAAGGGAAGAACAGGAGAGACGGUGCCACGGUCAGUACCCGUGUCAUCCGGCUGGCAGAUAUCCUUGGCAGGAAAUUGUUUGCUGAGGCCAGUGCACCUGGAGGCAAAGUCGACAGAAGGCUGAGCUCCGAGGAGGCCUUGCGGGUCAAGAAGGAAGUCAAGGCCGAGCGGAGACGAAGGAAGUUGGAGGGUCGGGCACACCUAUGA